AUGAUUCUUAUCCAGUCAAUUUACCGUCCAGGCUCUCUAAAUGGGAAUCAAAAAGCCCUCAUCUACGCUAUUUACUUCUCCGGCAUCGCGAGUAUGUCUGACGAUGAAGUUCAGAAUUUAUUCGGCAUGACUAAAGACACAUCCUUGAUGGCAUAUCGUUCGUCGACUGAGGAAGCACUGGCACAAGGGAUUUUUCUGAAUUUGAACGAGGACUUGAUCGCGUUGCAAGCACUAGUCCUGUUUCUAUCCGUCAGCCGCUUGAUUGGCGAGGCAGGAGUCUCCUGGAAGCUCACCGGCAUAGCGAGACGAUCCGCAAUCUUUAACAAACCUGACCUCUCAUCUUUUGAACAUGAAUUGCGAAAAAGGCUGUGGUGUCAGCUCUGGUAUCUUGACCACCGGGCUGCCAGGGACCUUGGACAAGACGAUGGAUCGGACAUGGUUCCCAUUCCUGACCUUCCGUUGAAUAUCAAUGACUCCGACCUCAACCCUGAUUCAAGUACGCCCGCAACUCCUUGUACCGGAUGGACCGAACAAACAUUCUCUCUCGUUCGCUUCCAGAUCGCAAUUGCAAGACAAAGAGUGAGCCGAGAUAUCCCAACAGAAACAAAGAAACAAAUAAUCCAAGCAUGUCAGACGCGAGUCGAGGACCUUUAUCUCCAAUACUGUACUAGCAGUAAAGAUCCAAUCCAAUGGCUGACACGACAUGUCGCUCAUGUCCUUAUCAUGGAGAUGUGGUUUGAGCUGUAUAGUGCAGAUACACUCACCAUCAGUGUUGGUCCUCAAAAAUGCGCAUAUAAAUACGAACAACGCGUCCAAGACUUUCUGUUCCUGCAGGCGAUCGACAUUGUCGAUACUGCUGUCCGCUUGGAAGGAGAACCCCAAUCUCGACAAUGGGCUUGGCUGCUCAAGGGGUAUCAGCAAUUUCGUCCGCUAGUCUUCCUGCUCAACGAGCUACACUACCGACAGGAAUGCACCGCAGUUUCUCGCGCAUGGAUGGUAGUGGAGAGUGCUUUAGUCCGCUGCCAGGGCUCGCCGAAUGGCAAGUUUCUUGCUAGAUUAGAAGAGAGAGCCCAUACUAUACGGCUACGCAUUACAGAUUCAUCGAGCGAUGCUGUGCAAAGCUCCUAUAUCGCGCCGACAUGA